CAGUAUUAAGUGAUGUAAGAACUUGUAAUGAUUUUUACUGUAUUUUACCGAAUUCAUUAACAAGACUUAGAUUAUCUUCCGUAUAUAGAUUAUUAUUCAGUUUCUUAUAAUAGCAUGUAAAAUAGAGAGAGCUGCUACCGAACACCACCUCUCUCUCUCUAGCUAGCUAGAACACGUUUCUUCUCUAAACACCAUGACCAGAGUUUUUUCAGAGCGAAGAAACACGCUAGUUAACGAACCCGAUAAAGGCCGGGCGUGGCUGAUUGCUGUGGCUUGUUCCAUCAUUUCGUUUUUCUUAUUCGGGAUAUUCAGAUCAUACGGGAUAUUAUAUCUAGAGAUAAUAACGACUUUUCAAACAACAAGAGCACAAGCUUCUUGGCCACACAGUCUUUGUGGAACCAUCUUCAACCUUGUGGGAAUACUUGUUGGACUUUUGGGUCACCAUUUGUCUUACAGAAGUAUCGUUACGUCAGGAAUGUUCCUUUUAGCACUGUCAGCAAGCUUAUGUUACUUCGCCCAAUCUUUGACGCACCUGAUCCUGUUUUUAGGAGUUUUACAAGGUAUUGCUUUGGGGAUUGCUCUUCCAAUGCUUCCAGUCAUCAUCUGUCGGAGCUUUCAAAAGUACCGGGCUUUUGCUAUUGGUCUCGCAUGCGCUGGCGCAACCAUUAGCUCCUUCGUAUUCCCGCCACUACUUGAGUUUCUCCUAUAUUCUUACACACUGAGAGGAGCGAUGCUGAUCAUGGGAGGUGUAGUUCUACAUUCAGUCAUCUUUGCAAUGUUUCUUCGACCCCCGGUUCGGAUUUAUUCGAAAACUCCAGAGUGUGCUGUACACAACGAAGCCAUGGUGUUGACUUUGUCUUUGCUGAAAAAAGAUGAACUUUCUGUUCAACCAGAUGAAAGAAUAAAAGCCAGAAAAAUUGUCAAACCAUUAAAUAAUUCGCUACCUAUAGCAAUACAAGACGAAACAAAAGAAUCAAACGAACUCCACUCCCAAGAUGCAUCACCAACAGUUCUGAUUUGUGGAACUAAUGAUCAUAACACACCUGAGAAAUUUCAGGAACCAAUACAACAAUUACAUGAUAAGAAUAACAAGAAUACGAAGAGUUUUGUAGGCUCUCUAAGAGUUCUUCUUUCGCUUUGUUCUAACUUAAUGUUUAUUCUCAUUGCUGUAACCCACUCUAUUUUUUUCGGUACUAUGCACACGUUCUUCAUGAUUAUUACAGACUUUGCUGUGGACCAGGGGGUCCCUGACUCCGCAGCAGGUUACCUAAUUAUUGGGUUUUCGGCAGGUGACACUCUGGGCUCCAUCCUCAUACCGUGGGUCAUUGACCAGUUUUCUGUCAAAAGAAAAUCUUCUAUAAUAGUUAGUAUGCUCUUAUUAGGAGUUUUCUUCGCCUUGUUUUCCGUUGCUUCCACUAAUUUUACGCUGCAUCUUCUGUGUUCAGGCUGUGGGAUACUAGCAGGCCUAGCACGAGUGUUAAUUACAGUAGUUGUGCCUGAGUAUCUAGGACUGGAGGAUCAAGCCAUCGCUCAAGGCCUGCUGAUGUUCGUGGUUGGUAUUACUUCUCUGUGCAGGCCUGUUUUAGUAGGUUAUUUUCGGGAUAAUAUUGGAGCUUACAAUAACCUCUUUCACACUCUGGGAAUCCUUGACAUCGUUGUCGCCCUCAUGUGGACGUUAGAGCCGAUCAUUCUACGACAACGCGUGUCCAUAACCCAAAAAGAAGUAACAGUAAAAUAAGGAGUGUUUUUUUUUAUCUUUGUAGAACUUUAAACAACCACACACACACACACACACAAAGAUAUAUACAUUUAUAUGUCUUUGUUAGUUGUUGCCAGCGAAGAAAUUUUGUUGGGACUUGAAAAUUUACCCACAUUAAGGUUAGAAAUAGUUUCUGGUAGUUGUAUAACACUAAAUAUUAUAUAGUGUUUGCGUUUCCAGUUUCAUUUUACUGUAAUAUUCUUUAUAUAACCUGAGAGCAAAAACGUUCAAUUAUAGAGCUUAUAUUCCACUAUAAUUAAUUCAUUCUCAUGACAUAGACAGUUGGUUCUUAACAAUACUAAAACAGUAGAUUUGGAAUACUUGCAGAGAUCAGUAAUUGGUUCUUAACAAUACUAAAAACAGUAGAUUUGGAAUACUUGCAGAGAUCAGUAAUUGGUUCUUAACAAUACUAAAACAGUAGAUUUGGAAUACUUGCAGACAUCAGUAAUUGGUUCUUAACAAUA